AUGACUGUUGAGAAAAAGUUUUAUAGGCUUCAUGGAAUGCCCCUUGCCAUGCAAGUAUGGUUGUACGAGUGUUGUUCAUGUGUUGACAACACUCAUGCGGUUAAGUCGGGUGACAACAUCCCCAGAAUUCUUAAUUGGAGGACCAUAGAAAGCCAACCAACUUUUAAAGACCUGAUGGACGGCAUGUUUAAAGAAGAUAACGACCCGGAGAUGCAUUCAUUUGACAACAUAGUGCCGACUAUUAAUGAGGUUGCUUGUCUUCAAUUGCCCCCGCUUGUCAUUGGUGUGGCACCAACUACCACUGCCCCAAUUCCUGUAGAUGAUGAUUUUGAUGAUUUUAGUUCUACCCCACCUCACAAGAAACGUAAGGAGAGAACUGUUGGAGGUUCUUCAUCCAAGAAAACAAGUCCUCGCCCCGAAACAGUUCCAACUUCCAACAUUAGUACCCGUGGGAAGAUGCCUUUUGUACAAUCUAAAAUGCCAGUUUCUCCAAACUCCGAUCAGCAAGUGCAUCCAAAAACCCCAUUUGUCCAGCAUGACAUCCCGACAACCAACAAAGAAGACGAGUUGUCUCUCAUAAGGCAAGAUCUUGAUGAUUUUAAGAAGUUGGACGAGUUUAAUGAUCUUCGCACAACGAUGAAUGAUCUUCGCACAACGAUGAACGAUCUUCACACAACGAUCAAUGACAACUUCACAAAGGUUCUUCAAGCCAUCAAAGGGAAUAAUGCUUCGGACAAGCGGCAUGACAUUGGAAUACAUCGCUCAGUUGAUGACAACAUCUUCGAUACACCACCAAAUCAAAAUGAGACUUGCACAACUCAUAUUCCAACUGAGGGAUUCGGGUCUCAGAUUCCAAUUGAAACAGCUCAAAGAACAGUUGAUGUUGUCCACAUUGCUCUUGAUGGCAUGCAUAGCAAUGAAGGAAGUCCCAUGUCAGUUGGUGUAUCGUCUAGUACAGUUUGUGGUGGUGCAGCUGAUCCAAAACAAGAGAAAAAGCAGACCAUAGGUGAUGACAAACAGAUUGUUCAGGCAGUACAACAUGUGGCUCAGUUUGAGUUGGCGGACGAAUUGCUUCCAUCUCAAAAUACCAUAUCAAGAAUUGUGAUGACAUUGCGUAAAGAAAGACGCCCCGGGCCAUUGCAAAUAUCCCCCUAUAUGACAAAUUUUGGCUCAACUUCGGGUAGUUCAGUUAAGCUGACUGAGAUAUUUGACAAAAAACACCCAUUUGAGAAUAAUUCCAUCACGGGGCGACAUGAUGAAAAGCUCUUUGCUGACUUCUCAAAAUGGUUGAGGGAGGGUUUGCUUGUUAGACAUGAUACCAAAAAGAACAAAGAGGACCAUUACAAAAAAGGGAAGGCAACACUGCCCAAAUUUAUGGACUUUGGUAUUCAGAAAAUCAAUGACAAAAAUUGGUUUUACCUUUUGUCAAUGGAUGGACAGAUGUGGAAUGAUCAGCAUAUUGAUGUCAUCUUUUACUACUUCCGAAAGAAAGCAAAGUAUGACACAAAUAGCAAAUUCAAGUUUACCACUGUCGAUUGUGUUUUCAUGACAAAGAUUGAUGCAAUAAACACAGUGUAUGCUGACCCGGAUGGUGCAACAAUCGGUGGAAAACAGGAAGAUAUUUUAUGUGAAUACGUGAAAGGCCAUCGGUUGCAAUGCACUGUCCCGUGGCAUUUUGUUGACUAUGUAUUUAUCCCAGUCAACGUGAAAGAUAAAAAUCAUUGGCUGUUGGCAGUCCUAUCAUUCAUGGACAGACGUUUAUAUGUUUAUGACUCCUACCGAUCAGCGGGGCAUGAUGCAGCUGUUAAGUCAGAAAUAGACAAACUGGCCUCACUGUUGCCUCUGUACUUACAUCUCACUGACUUCUAUGUUGAAAAAAAAGGAAUUGAUUUUACUCAUCACCCGGCAUACAAAGACAAAGCACCGGCUGAUAAGUUUGAAGUUGUGUUUGUUGACAAUCUGCCACAGCAAAGUCCCGGUAGCAUGGACUGCGGGAUAUAUGUUGUUGCAUUUGCGGAGUAUUUGAGUCACGAAGAAGCUAUUCCACCCAAAGAUAUUGAUGCUGAGUUACUUCGGACGAGAUAUGGUGCACUUUUGUGGGUUUAUGCUCAGAAGAAGAAUGAAGUCGAUGCCGUAAGCGACAAUGAGGCUCCUCCAAAGCCAGUUAGAGCGGCGAUAGAUUUUGAUCAAGUUGAAUUAAACAUAGUUAAUUAGAUUCUAGUUUCUUGACCGUAAAACAGAUUAUGAUGGUGUUUUCAUCCUUUAUGUUGUUGACUUUUUGAUGCCUAGAAGGCAAUUGUUAGUAUGAAUACUCAAUGUUCGGCUAC